AGAGGAGGCAUGUGUGCACAUUUAGACCGCUCAGUGUACAUCGUGGAAUUCCCGAAACUGUCGGAGCGUUUACAAGAACGCUCCUCAACUAUUCAGUUGAAAAGGAUCUAUGGUAUAAACGCCACUUAUUUUUUUCUUUACCCGAGGGAGUUUUACUUUUGGGAACCAGUAGACGUGUGUGUGAGACUGUAAUCCACCCGUCUGCACGGAGAGGAAGUUCGGCUACUGUUGACUUUUUUCUCUUAGAGUAGCCUAACCCAAACCAGGUGAAGUCGCCCCCCCCGUGCGCAGCCAGCGCUCCGAUAUAGUUGAAACCCUCUUUGUAGUCUGUAGCCUAUUUCGGGCUCUGAAGUCUUGGUGAAGUUCUUCAUUUUUCUAACUUCAUUUUGGCUCUGUCUGUGUCUGAUCUCAUAUUUUUAUGCGUCCUCCUUUUGGUUCUGGAUGGGAAUGGCAGUUUUCUGACAGCGGGCAGGAGCAGAGUCUGAUCUAGCCACAGUCAUGAGGUUCCGCUUCUCGAGAAUGUUUUUAAUCAUCUGAGAGGCACUCUUCCCCAAAGAAAGAGAGAGGGAAAACUUUUCCAUGCUCUCUCGGGGCUCCAUAGUGUUCGAGGAUGUGAAAGUUGGACUGUGGCUCACUUUGAUCUAACUUCAUUAUCACGAAUAACGGAAUAACAACGUUGGGGAAAAGGUUUUGUUUGUUUGUUUGUGCCAGCUCACAAAUCAACACUCAAAUUUGCCAUAGCGACGGCUCUUGGACACCAUGUACCCCCUCUGAAAUACCAACCAGGUCAUCUUUGAAAGAUAAAAUGCAGCACAAUGUUUCAGGUCGUGGCUUAUUCCUGAAGUGCGUGUUUUUACAGAUAGAAAAAACACAGAGCAGCGGGGCUAACGGCCAGAGUUGUGUGAGGUCUGAGUGGGACGCGGAGAAGAAGUAGGCUAAAUAUCUUCCCUCAUGGUAUGCCUUUAUUCUUCUGCCAGCAAAGUUGGGAGUGAAGCGGGAAUGUUUCUUCGGGGGCUCUGGACGCUCCGCCGCAGGUAUUGCUCCGGACGGUUAUUGCUCCUAGGGGUCGCGGUGUGUCUUUUCUACCAGACCCUGAUGGUGGCACGGAGUCGGUUCAAAGGCGGCCCACCCGCGGCUGAUGAACGCAACAAGUCAACGAUGACUGGAGCGUUGGAGGUAUUUGAUGAACUUCUGCAGGACCCUUCGAGGCUUAUUUCUACCCUGGAGGCUUUGGAGAGGGAAAUAUAUGUCAAGGGGUCCAAUCAGAACCGGGCCGGGCGGGUCACGCGGGCCGUCGUGUUGACGGGUCAGCACGUAGCCGCGGAUACAGAGGUCCAGCUGUUCCAGCGGAUCCUGGAGCAGCGAGGCUACGAGGUCAGCCUGUCCCGAUACGCCGAGACCAACACAGCCCAGAGACACGAUAACGGUGGCAGUGUGGGGUGGAGUGUGUUGGUGUGUCUGAGCGGUUCAGAGAAGAGUUGUCUGAGGAGAGUGUCCUUCUCCCAUCUGCAGCCCCAUCAGAGGGUCAACAUGAUACCUGGGCUGGUGGGGGCCUUCUCUGAUGUGGACGGACUCUGUCGCUUCCAGACAGACAGCCGGCUAGUAGGGCUGGCAUUACGCAUCAAUCCAUCUGCCUGUGGAUCGCCCCUCCCCAAGCUGGGAGAUGUUCGUCAUGUGGCACAUGGUGAUUGGAACCCAGCUAUCACCACACUUAACUUGGUGAGCCCUGGCCUCGUUGCCAUGGUGACAGUUUAUGUCCUGGUCACCUCGGUAACGCCCCUCACAGCCUUCCUUCAUCACACGGGCCUGGUCUGGACAAACGAAGACACGGACAGCCACACCACACAGCUCAAGCCCUUUCUUCUGCAGCAGCUGGGUCCUGAUGCAUCCCAUGAGGCCUUGGACCAUGUGAAGGAGGUCAUAGGUCAGGUGUUGAGGGUGGCAGCAUUGACCAAUGAGGAGCCUAGCUCUCGGCACAGUAGGUGUCUCCUGUGUUUCCAGCUGAUGACAUUCACUCUUCAGUUCAGUGGUUCCCUUCUGCCUAUCAUAGUGAAGGCUGAGACUGACCUGCACUUUGAUGGGCUGAGGGACCCAGGGUUUGACGGACAGAUCGCAAAAGAGUUCAUCCUAGAAGAUGCUCUUCUCUUCCUGCUCCCAGCACACAGUGGACAGGCCAGUCUGAAGAGCCCUUCACACACCGAGACAGGCAAUGGACAGAGGUAUGGUGGCUGUGGGGGGACAUACGGUCUCUGUCUACCAGAACACCAGACUCUCCUCCUCCUCCAGUUCCUCCGUCAGCUGAGGACACCAGGGCCAUUUGAACUGCUUUAUCCCGCAGCUUCUCCACAGCGCUCUCCUAUCCAAGACUUUCUCUUUCGAUCGUUCCCUAGAGCGGAGGAGUCUGGGAGUGGGCUGCAUUUCUCAGCAUUGUUGGACAGAGUCUGUUCUCAUUAUACAGAGCAAAGGAACCAGACUUACAGGACCAAUAAAGCAGAGACACAGACCGGGUGGAACCAACACUCAGGCUCCCAGGACCUCCCUGGAGACAAAGAGCGGUGUGUGGACCCCCACCUCAGACAACUGUACACAGACCCCCCUCUGACCCUCAGCCCCCCCUUCAGUCCCUGGGUGAAGGACUACCGUGCUGAGGUCCCCUUUGAUGUGGUGACCCUACGCCUCCGCCCUGAGCCAAUCAGCCCAGCCUGUCACAUACACCUGGAUGAGCACAGAGGACCUAGAACAGCAAACUACCCAGUCGGCCUGGGCAACAGCAUAAUCAACAUCCUAGUGACGGACGAGUUGCUCACCACAGAGCCCGAGCCCGUUGUCAUGACAAUAUACACUCUGCACAUGUACCGCGAGAGCCGGCCCAGCCUGCCCAUGUUUGGGGAGCAUGUGAUGUGUGGCUUCGUGCAGGACUGUGGCCUGGUGGUGCAACCAGAUCAGCCCUGUGGUUUGGAGCCACUCCCUGGGCCACUCUCUCCAGGCGAGCCCCUGGCCCCAACUCGGCCCUGCACCUCUGGGGAUGUACCAGGUCGUUGGGUGGUUCCUUGCCUCAGCUGUGCCGACAACCGGACCUGUGACUGGAGAGAGGUUGCCUGGCAACCCGAGGGCUGUUACCACCCCUUGCUGGACCACCCCCAGCUGCAGGACUGCAUGAUGUACAGGAAGGUAAUGUUCAUAGGUGACUCCACUAACCGGGGGAUGAUGUACUUCCUGAUGGAGCGGGUCAAUUCUAGUCUGGAGGACUGGGGCAAGGCACACGACAGCCUGAUCUAUCGCAAGGUCAAUCAGGGACACACACACGUCUCCUACUCCUACUACCCCCAGUUCUGGCUGGAGCAGAGCCACAGACCCACCUUCCAGAGGGCCCUGGAGCAGCUCAUACUGAGGUCGCGACCCCUGGAGAACUCCCGUCAGACUGUGCUGGUGGCAGGAGGUGUCCAGUGGCUCAACACCAACCACCUAAGGAUCAUGAGAGAAGUGCUGGAGAGGGAAGGGCUACAGGAUAUCAUGGUGGUGGUGAAGUCUCUGGGCAUGGGCUUCCAUCUCCCUGUGGACGGCAUCCGCUCUCUCUCACUGAGAGGAGUACAGGAGCUGUACAGAGAGAACAGCAACAUCAUCACCGCCGCAAAGCACUAUGGGUAUGAGGUCAUAGACACAUUCAGUGUCACCAUGGGCCGCUACAAAGAGUUCCUGCAGGGACGGUGCGCCUGCCAUUUUCAUGAGGUUGAAAAGCUGUCGUUCUCCAAGGCUCCGCUACACAGGAAGAUGAAGCUCCUAAGACACGGCGAGGAAUCUGGAACCAGAACCAGUGGAACUGGAACCGGGCUCAGUGAUCAGCCCACCCAGCAGCGCCAGGACCAGUGGGUGGGGUCUAACUCCUCCACCUAUCACGUGAGAGGAGCGGUGAACCAGGUGUACUCGCAGAUCCUGCUGAGCAGACUGUGUGUGAGAGACACGGGAAACUAGACCCACCCCUCGCCACCACUGACUGUGUCUGUGUGUGUGUGUGUACUUGUGUCCUUGCUUACUAACGUGUGUGUGUGUGUGUGUGUGUGUGUGUGUGUGUGUGUGUGUGUGUGUGUGUGUGUGUGUGUGUGUGUGUCCAUACAAGCAUCUCUCUAAAGAAAAUGAAAGGUCAUUCCGUCCAGGAAGUGCUGGAGUAACAGGAGAGUCCUGACUGGUCAGCCGUGUGACAGACAUCACCACUGUCUGUCACACAGACCUCCUCUGAUUGGCCCACACACUGGGCCCCCUGUCAUGUGACUGCUACCUCUGCUAGGUAGAGGUUUCCAGAUGGUCGAAGAGGGGGAUCGCUGGCCUACUGCCAAAAGACGAGGGAAGCAGCUGGAGAAAGAAAAAAGAGGAGAGCGAGAGUGACUGUCGAAAGGAGUGCGUCGUGUGCACAUCCCAAAUGUAAGCCUUGCUCUCCCACCAACCGACAAUGCUCCCUCAACGCUCCAGCACAAACCCUUACAAUUGUAUAGUUUUAUAGUUGUGGAAACGUUGUUGAAAUGUUGUACAGCAUUGGUUCUCAAUCCUCUCCUCGGGUAACCCCGGCAAUUCCAUGUGUUUGAUGUAUUCCAGAGCUAGCACACCUUAUUCAGAUUCAACUGGUCAACUAAUCAGGUGAGCUAGCUGAGGGCUACAACAACAUUGUGAAACGUCUGGGGGUCCCCGGAGGAGAGGUUCGAGAACCACUUUUGACGUGUGCCUUUGAUGCCUUUGUGCAUCAGGAAAGCCUCUCUCUCGCCAUUGGAGGGACUUUUGGAUAUCCCGCUAUUCCUCCUCAUGUACAGUACCUCAUCCAUCCGCCUGUUCUAUUCCUCCUCAUGUACAGUACCUCAUCCACCCGCCUGUUCUGUGGACACCACAAAGUAUUCUAUUCUAUGCCAAAGAUAUGACGAAAGCUGAGCUAUUCUUCAAGUGAAUGUCUUAUGUACGAUUUUCUUAUAUUUCUACAUGUUUUUCUACAUCUGUUUAUUCGUGCCUAUAAUGUUGAUAAUCAGUGUAUAAUGUUUUACAUGCAGCAUAUUGUUGACAUGCUAAUGAAGGACUGGUGUAAUGUAUGCUAUGGAUUUCUACAUAUUGUCUGAUCUGUCCUCUGAUCAUUUGUAUGGAGGGAACUGAGCUGGUGAAGAUGAAGGUAAUUGUAACAGAUAGGCACAAACACAUGCCCACACACACACAGGAGUGGAGACUACCUGCUUAGCUCUGUUUAGUGGUCCUAUGGAACAUUGAUAGCAAACCUAAUCAUUUGAUUCAGUGAUUUUGAAGGAAAACUGACGAAAAAAAACCAGAAAGACAUAUUUUCUUCAUGCUAAAUAUUAUCAACACUAUUAAUUUAUUAUUAAAGAACAUGUGUAUCUUCAAAUGGCACUAACUUCAGCUUUGUGUUUCCAGAUGGUACAUAUAACAGUUAUUCCGCUACAAUAUUCUCACAUUAAAAUAUAUAUUUUCUUAACUUAA